AAGGUAAAAAGAGAUAUAGUCCCCUACAAAGGAUUAUAAAUAGAGAGACAUGCAUCGUUAACUUGCACUCAUCAUCACAGCUUCAAAAUUUCAAUACUAAUUAAUCAGAUUAACAAAUGGCGAUUUUCUCCAGAUUACACCUUCUCUUCUUCUCAUUCAUCAUAGCCACAUGUACAAUUCCCAUCGUCUCCGGCACCGUUUUCACCUUAACAAACCACUGCAGCUCCCCAGUAUGGCCAGGAAUUCUCACCUCAAAGGGCACACAACUCGGCGACGGCGGGUUUGCCUUAGCUUCAGGAUCUUCCGUCACCUUAACCGCUUCUCCUGGCUGGUCCGGUCGAUUCUGGGCUAGAACGGCGUGUGACUUCGACGAAUCCGGCACCGGUAAAUGCGCCACCGGAGACUGCGGCGGGAAACUAAAAUGCGCUGGCGUGGGAGGAGCUCCACCGGCUACACUGGCCGAGUUCACGAUAGGAACCCCCGGACAUAAAUCAAAAUCCGUUCAAGAUUUUUACGACGUGAGCCUCGUCGACGGUUACAACGUUCAGAUGAAAAUCACACCGCAAGGUGGCUCGGGGAACUGUAAAAUCGCGGGAUGCGUUUCGGACGUGAAUGCGAUCUGUCCGAAUGAGCUAAGCGUUGUGGGCCCGCCGGGUGUUGUGGCGUGUAAGAGUGCUUGUGAGGCUUUUAACAAACCGGAGUAUUGUUGCACCGGCGCUUUUAGUAAACCGGAGACGUGUCCGCCGACAAGGUACUCGAAGAUAUUUAAAAGAGCUUGUCCUACUGCGUAUAGCUAUGCAUACGAUGAUGCUUCUAGCACUUUUACUUGUACCAAUGCUAAUUACUUGAUCAGUUUCUGUGCUUAAA